AUGGUCAGCAGUGGGAGCGACGAAGAAAGUGGUAGCGAAAGUGGAGAAGAAUAUGUCGUGGAAAAAAUACUAGACAAGCGGAUACGCAAAGGGAAGGUAGAAUACUACAUCCGGUGGAAAGGAUACGGACCCGAAGAGGACACAUGGGAACCGGAGGAACAAUGUGUGAGUUCUCUCCUAUGGUGUCAUAAUGCUGCGCCCAUUCCAUCUCAGGAUAAGGCAACCGCUGCGCCCAAUUUAAUAGGGAUGUUUGAAAGAACGCACAAAAAAGUCACAUUCCAAAGCUCCGCAAAAUGUGGGAGGCGGAGGAUGCAACUUAGGUGGUUGGUUGUCCUUCUGGAUUCCCCCUAUUACUUCGAGCGUCUUUCACUGAAUACUAUCAACGUAUUUAGCCGUAACGAUGAAGACAGUGAUGGGGCUUCUUCAAAUCGAGAAAGUAUCCAGAAAGACAUUUUUGAUGAUGGUACGGCUAAAGAUCCACCUAAAUCUCCACCCGCUAAAAUGAAGAACCAGAAAGCAGAUGAUACGAAAUAUGGAAUCUUUGUGGGACGUAAAAUAUCACGAAUACUGGGUCUUAAUACCAAAGGUUCGGAGCUACGAAUGCUAGUGGUCUAUUCGGACACCAAGAAAAUUCAAAAGGCCGACGCUGAGCUCAUCCCGUCCCGUAUUUUACGGCACUAUGCUCCACAAGUCAGUUUUCUUUUACCAUUUUCAUUGUUUCGUCCACGUACUUCACAGUAUCGUUCAAACUUCUUUGAAGAAGUUGAGGCUUUCCUGAUUUUUUAA